AUGUCUUCUCCUACAACCAUUUUCACACCUCUUCAGAUUGGUGACAUCACCAUCUCGAACCGCAUCGGGAUGUCCGCCCUCACGAGGAACCGUGCAGGUAACGGCGGUGUUCCCACAGAGCUCAUGGCCGAGUACUAUGCUCAACGCGCUGCCGGAGGCGCUGGGUUGAUUAUCUCUGAGGGAACCCUGAUCACUCCGCAAGGCACGGAAUGGCCCGACGCACCUGGCAUGUGGGUCCGAGAACAGAUGGAAGGCUGGAAGAAAGUAACUGACGCAGUCCACCGCGAGGGUGGUUACAUCUAUUCGCAGUUGUGGCACGUUGGCCGUCUGGCCCGUCCUGAGGGCGUUUUUGCUAAUGCCAUUUUGCAGCCUGUUUACGCACCAUCUGCCAUUCCUGCUCGAGGUGGAAAAUAUCGUCACCUUCCCGAUCAACCGGGCCAUGGAACGCCAACCGCCAUCGAUGAUCCUUGGACUGUUGUUAAAGAGUACCGAAAGGCUGCCUAUAAAGCUAAAGCAGCUGGGUUUGAUGGUGUAGAACUCCACGCGAGCGGGUCCCUCAUCGCUCAGUUCUUGGACGCAAGCUCUAAUCAACGUACGGACCAGUGGGGCGGAAGCGUUGAAAAUCGGGCUCGCUUUGGUCUCGAGGUUCUUAAGCAACUUAUUGCCAUGUUUGGCCGGAAUGUUUCUCUGAAAGUUAGCCCGACUGGAGGUUACGGGGAUCUUGGGUCAGGAUUCCAAAACAUCGAGACAUAUCGUUACUUCCUCUCUGAGGCUGACAAGCUCAACUUGUCAUAUAUCACCUUGCGUCGAUACUCGCCCCUUCUCGAUGCAGAGUUCGAUGGAAAGAAACGAGCCACGGUUCACGAUGUUCUCGAAUCAUACCGUCCGUGUAUUAAACAUGCCAAAGUAUUUUUGAACGCCAACGUCACAGCUGAGGAGGGCGCCAAGCUGGUAGCAGAUGGCAGCGUUGACGGGAUAUUCAUCGGUUUCAGCUGGAUAACCCACCCCGAUCUCGCCAAACGUAUUCAACACGGGAAACCUCUAGACAACAUUCCCGACAUCCCCCAUUUGCAAAAGGGUGGAGCCCAAGGAUAUACCAAUUACCCAACUGCCGUAUAUUGA